UCUGGCGGGAAGCAAAGGGGGUGUUGAAAACAAUGCAUUUACAGCAGUUCAAAUACACUUCAGAGGUGCGGCACGUGAGCGCCCCUUUCCGCGUCACGUGGUACACGGACUGGAAGCUCGACGGUUUCCCCGAACUUAUCCAUCGGUGGGAGACGAACCAGGAGCUCAGGCCUUCGCUGGUCAUUACAGGAGGGGGGCUGCACUGGAUGCAGCACCACCCCCCUCCCACGGGGGAUCCUUUCAGGAAUUUCCUCACCACGCUUGCGCCUCACCUCAGCCGUCUCGCCGCCGCCGUGCCCGUCUACUUCAAGCUCACCGAUUAUGUGCCGAGAUCAUAUACCGAGGUUAACAGAUAUCCGGACUUUAACCCAAAAGCCAUUACCUUGUACAAUUCCAUAGCAAGGCAACAGUUACAGGGAACCGGCGUGGUCAUCUGGGACAGCACGCUAAAGCUGUCGCUUGCCUAUACUGAAGAGUGCGUUAGAGUCAGGAGGGUCACGCCAGACAACUAUGAGUGGAACUGCGCUGACCACGGACACAUAGGAUACAUCAUGCUGGAACAGUAUACUGACAUGAUAUACAAUGUUUUUUGUAACAGGUUUCUAAACUUGACUGAGAAAUAUUGUAACACUGGAAAUGAUUGAAGAAAGAAGUGUCGAUAUCCUACGCAUUAAUGUGCUGUGUGGUGCAAUGGUAGCAAUCUUGUCUAGCAAUCUUGCUGACUUGUAUUCAAAUCCCUCAUCGCCAGUGGAUGCUAACCAUGGCCAUUCCCUGCACACAGUGGAUAAUUUAGAAGCAAAAUGAAACAAACAGCAUGUUACAGCAAGAAUAUCCAUUUAAACAAAUGGAAUAAAACUAAGUAAUUGAUUAUUAUUAUUAUUGUGUGAAACCUAGCUUCAAGAGAUGCUAAGCAAUUCCAUUAAUAUUCUAAAUUUUAAUAUUUAUGGAUAAGCUGCAGAUUAUCUGUGUAUCAUAAUAUAAUAACUCAUAGAAUAUUGUAAAACGUGUGAGUUUUACAAAAUUUAACUGAAGUGCAGACGUUGUUAUAGUAAAUUAAUAAAUCACAGACGACAUAAUCCGAAGUCUAGGCUCCAUUAUCGCAUUCUCAUGAUUUGCGGUAAUGGCGGUAUCUAUGCUCUGUGGCACAGCUCGUCACGACCCUUAAAAAGGUAUGUAAAAGUCAUUCUUUGCAUCUAUGACUUCAUUUUCCAUUUCUUUCUCUUCAUAUUGUUCAUUUUAAUCACCCCUUAUAUUUAUUAUGCUUUCUAGUGCCCGUAGCGACAAUAAAAAUAUUUUAAAAGAAAUAAAACAAGCAGUAAAAGUACGAAGCCAAAGAUAGAACAAACCUUAAUAAAAACCCCAAGGAGGCGUCCAUUGCGGCCGGUCGCUCUGCGAACCACUUCUAACCGAAUACAACCCAAGAGGGAGUUCGGCGGCAAUGCGUUGAUAUAACCUUGGUGUUGUUGUAAGAAAGUUUUUAAAUUAAACAAAUAAAAAUAAAUGUGAUGGAUUGACUGAUUAUUUAAAAUUCUCUGCUGCGUCAACAGCUAAGGUCAUUUGCGGCGAACACCUUGUUAGACUGAAAUAUCAAAAUAUUGAAAACGUUAAAAAUCUACCAGUAAAUAUCAUAAAUAGCAAUAAAUAUUAUAUUAAAACAUAAAAGCAUAAACAUCAUGCUCUAAAUGUCAAAAACUAUUGCAUAAACAUAAUGCAUAAUUAAGUUCUAUUGAAAAUAUUAGUUUC